CUUUGUUGCUUCAUCCAGUGCGCAGGCGCUGUGUAGCAGAUAUUUCAUGUGCUGUACGUCGUGUCCGGUGGAGGUCACAGACAUCCGAGCAAAGUGAGGUUGCUGUCAUGGCCAAGUUAUUUGAGUCCAUUGGGAAGUUGGGGCUUGCCCUCGCCAUCGGUGGAGGUGUCGUGAACUCAGCCCUUUUCAACGUUGAUGCAGGUCACCGGGCUGUGAUCUUUGACAGGUUUCGAGGUGUUCAAGAUGUUGUUGUUGGUGAGGGAACCCACUUCCUCAUCCCCUGGGUUCAGAAACCUGUCAUCUUUGAUUGCCGCUCCCGUCCACGCAAUGUGCCUGUUAUCACAGGCAGCAAAGAUCUGCAGAACGUUAACAUCACGUUGCGUAUCCUCUUCCGGCCGGUGACAAACCAGCUGCCACGCAUCUUCACCAGUAUUGGUGAGGAUUAUGAUGAGAGGGUGCUGCCAUCUAUCACCACAGAGGUCUUAAAGGCUGUAGUGGCUAGGUUUGAUGCUAGUGAGCUCAUCACUCAGAGAGAGCUUGUGUCCAGGCAGGUCAGUGAGGACCUCACAGAAAGAGCCUCCACCUUCGGCCUAAUCUUGGAUGAUGUUUCACUGACACACUUGACCUUUGGCAAGGAAUUCACAGAGGCUGUUGAGAUGAAACAGGUGGCCCAGCAAGAGGCAGAGAGAGCCCGUUUCGUUGUAGAAAAGGCAGAGCAACAGAAGCAGGCAGCCAUCAUUUCAGCCGAGGGAGAUUCUCAGGCUGCUUUACUCAUUGCCAACUCUCUGAUGGAGGCUGGUGAUGGUCUGGUAGAGCUCCGUAAGCUGGAAGCCGCUGAAGACAUCGCCUUCCAGCUGUCACGCUCCCGCAAUGUCACUUACCUGCCCUCCGGACAGGGCACAUUGCUUCAGUUGCCCCAGUGAUAAUGUCACACCCAUGUCUACCACCUCCCCUCACUGUCUCCAGCCAUUACAUAGGCCAUGGACGUGGUGGUUGGAGGAUUCAAUAAAGGAUUCUCCCAACAUCACACACAUUCCUCCCACUAUUUCUCUAACCAAAUCAGGACUGGGCUCUGCUGAUAGCAGUAUGGUGGGAGACAAAGUGAGAGACCUAUGAUGGUUAAAUUUAUGAAGUCCUUUUAUGUAAGGAAGUGAAGGGGUUUAUUACUCUGUGAUAACCUAAAAUAUAUAUAGUACUCUGUUUUGAGAAUUGUCAGUGCAGUAAAUUCUGUCAAGAUUCAAGUUAUGUCAAAGUGAAAUCACUUAAUGAGUGGAAAGCAACAGUCACUUGUACAUCAAAGAAAACAUGUGAUUUCUUUAAACAAUAAAUGUGAAUGGUAAAUGCCAUUCUUCUGUUGUGCUUGGAAAUUUCAUCUAAUUGUUUCUGUUUUGAAAUCUAAAUGAAUUGUCAAUCUUUCUGAUGACUGCAAGGUAUGUGUCUUGACAUUGUUUAUUCAUUUGGCUUCAGUCAUUCAGGCUUACUAGAGAAUUUUAUUUUAAUUUUUUUAAAUGUCUGCCGCCUUCUUUCAGAUACCUUUGUCACACUGAUGUUACUCCGAAUCAAUUGGAAUAUGCUUAGCAAGUGGUACAGGAUGGUACUUGAUUCUUUUCUUUGCUAUCUUCAGUUUGUAUGGAAAAAAAAUCUAAGCCCCGUGUUGCAGAAAAGAAUGACUUAUUAAAUCGCCUUUCUGCCACUCAAUUGUCAGUCUUUUUGGCCAAGGCACAGAGAUGUUUUACACAGGCAUAACUGUCACUGGGGUGGGGGUGGUAUUUAUUUUGUCUUGCUUUAAGAAAAUAAAAGGUACACCAUUU